AAAACUACAAAGACCCACAAUGCCAUUCGCCGACCGAGUAGAGGUCUGGAGUGGCGUGGUUAUCAUCAGACCGGCCGGUACAGGGAAAGUUGCUGCAGGGGAGCCAUACCAUACGACCGGCUGAAACGGCAUAUUACCACUUUAAAUCGCGGCAAUCACAUUGACAGGGUUACACGGUGAUUUGAACUAAACAGCCAACAGGAAAUCAGUGUGAACACACCACACUCAUGCAUGCGGGAAUCAGAGGCGUUUGUCGAGUAUAAGUGUCCCAUAAUAGAGCUUUUUUUUAACAGUUCAAAGAUACCCCUUUUAUAUUUUUAAUCUCAGCUACUGCUGGUGUUCAUAAUUCACCCAGUGAACAAAAUACACAAGCCCACGAGUUAGAAAUACUUUAAUUAGUCAGUACUGUCCAUAAUAUCCUUCAAAACUUAGCUUAGCAGCCACGCGAGACAUGGCCAGCACCAGACCGAUGCAAUCAGUCAGUCUUGACCACAUGACACAAUUGUAAUCUAUAUUAUAUAGGGUUUGUCCUGCUGUGACUGUGAUCUCAGUCACUUGACACCUCAUCCUUAUAUAGACGUGUGUGUAUGACUUGACUUGAUCUUACCACAGUUACUUGACGAGGAUGCGAAGAGCAAGAAUUAGUAUUAAGCCCAAUGUCCGGCCAGGAGGUCGAAGUGUGGCGCCUGCUGCAGAGGACAAGAGCUCUCAAGGGUCCACAGCAGUAGAUGAAAACCAGCAAACCCAUCCAUCAGAGCCACAGUCUCAGCUGGAUGUCAAAGAGUCUGCUGUGGCGACAGGAGAUGGAAAUGUGCCCGGCUCUCCAUCAGAGAAAGCAUCACUGAACAUUAAUGAAGGCGCGCCAUCUAGCGUCAGCACACCUGCAACUACAGCACUUCAGAGGAGGAGCAGAUUCUCUGCCACACCAAACCUAGCCAGACCCCAAGUCCGUUCUGCUCCUCCUCCAUCCACUGGAAAGACUGCUUCUCUUCCAUCAGAGACAUCCAAGGCAUCAUCCCCUUUCCAGGCAGCUAAGUCUUUUCCUCAGUCCCCCAUCCCAGUUGAUAUCAGCAGAGACCAUUCACAAAACUCUACAUUCUCAGAUGCCACCAAAGCAGCCCACUACCCUCCAUCCUCACCAUGUCUUCCAUCAACAUCUGGCUGUCCAGAAUCUCUGUUAUCAACAGCGUCUCACCAAGAGCCUUGCCAAACUCCCCAAAAAAUCCCAAAUGAGGAUUUUGGGCCGCAAACAGGAGAAACUUCAGUGUCAUGCACACUCUCACCAUAUGUGAAACUGUCACGUGUUGAUGGACCAGACUCUCCCCUCAGGAACAAAACCUCUUCAGACAAGCAGCGGGUCUUGAGGGCCCUCAAACUGAAAGAACUGAUGAAGCUGGAGAGGAAGAAAGAAGGAAUGGAGAAGAAGAGUAGACGGCCUAAAUGUGAGCCUGGCUUUGAGGCAGAUCAUGACAAAAUGACCUUAGCUGACUUCAUUUAUUACCUGCCUGAGUCAAACCCGAUGAAGUCCUCCCUUUCCACAGAGGAGACUCAAACACAGACCGCUGCUCCACCGACUCCCACGGUGCAGAAAAAUAUGGCAGUAGCAGGUGAGGAGGAUGAUGAUGAUGAUAAUGAUGAGGAACUGCUUGUUCCCAAAGUCAGGGUGGCAGAAGAUGGCUCACUGAUUUUAGAUGAAGAAAGUCUGACAGUGCGUGUUCAGAGGACGUCUGAUACAGUUGUUGAGAACGCAAAUCCACUGUUUGAACGAGGCUCUACUACAACAUACACAAGUUUCAGGAAAAAAUACUAUGUGAAAAGCUGGUCUGUCAGAGAGACGGAUAUGUUCUAUCUGGCCAUCAGUAUGGUGGGAACAGACUUCUCCAUGAUUGCUCAGCUGUUGACUCACCGUAGCAGAGCAGAAAUUAAGAGUAAAUUUAAGAAGGAGGAGAGAGUGAAUGCAUGGCGAGUGGAUAAAGCAUUCAGAAAUAAGCGACCAUAUGACGGCGAGUUUUUCAGUUUCCUGCUGAAGAGGGUCUUGGCUAAAGACAAACAAAAAGGCAAAUCCAUAAAACUGGUUGUAAAAUCCAGUAAAGCAAAGAAAUGCAAAGGUGGUAAAAAAGUGAAACAGCUCGAGGACAAAGACUCCAUUAAUGAUGAUGAAGAUGAUGAUGAAUUGUGCAGUGUGGACAAUAUCUGUUUUGAUUUAGAAAAGGAGAACGAGGACAGCAGUAAUAUGAAUGUAGCGGAUGUGCCGUCGAGCACAAGCAAGAAGCGAAAACGCACAAAAGACACUGAGCCAAAAACAUGCAAGGCGAGCAAGAAAAACAAGACACCGAAAAAAGCCAAAUGCUUAAUGGAAGCUGAAGAUCGUGACCUUGUGUGUGUGGAUGAUGACUUUGUGGAGGAAGACUCCGUAAACGCAGACAAUAAAGAUCGGUCAUGUAUGCCUGAAUCAAAAAAGACCCGCAAACAAUCAAAAAAGGGUGACCAGAAGGGGAAAGAAUUGAAAAAAGAAGAAAAACCGAAGAAAAAGAAGAACAAAAAGACACUUGAAGUACGGAAUGAAGAACCUACUGAUGGAGAAAGUGGUGCAGUGAAUGAGGAGCACAAUGAGGCAUCUGCCGUCCCAACUAAAAAACGGAAACGCUCCAAAAAGAGUGAGAAGGAAGAAGGCGAACCUACAAAAAGAGAACGAAAGACUAAAAAGAGCAAAACAUCACAGGAAGAGUGUACUGGAUCUGAGCUGGGUGCGGAUGGGAGUGAAGUCUCGUCAACAGCCCCUGGUGCUGAAGAGGAUCAAGGGGAGAAGAGCUUUCCAGAGAGUGCAGCUGAGGAGAUUUCAAAAAGCUCCUUCAAACGUUCAAAAAGGCCCAGUUUGUUAAAAAGGAAAGUCAAAAUAUGUUCUGAGCCAAAAGCAACAGUAGAGAUAGAGGAUACAGUAGAAGAAUGUCAAGAUGAGAGCUGCCGAGAAGCAGAGAAUGAGUCGAGGAUCAUCUGUCUUGCUGAGGAUCAGCUCCAGAAUCAGCCUGUAGUUGUUCUGGAGAGAACUCCUCCGAGGCUAAAAGAUUCACAGAACUCCUCUGAAAUCCAAGACCAACCACAGUCCUGCCAGAGCCCGCAGCAUUCUCCUGGACGCCAGAUGAGAGCAGAAAAGGUCAAGCGUAAUCUGACUGCUUCAGGUCAUGGUAGUGAAGUCUUGACAGCAGGCCCUGGUGUUAAAGAAGAUCAAGGGGAGAAGCUCAUUCCAGAGAGCACAGCUAAGGAGGAGAUUUCACAAAGCUUGUUCAAAUGUUCUCCUGGGCAGCGGACAACAGCGGAAAAGAACCAGCACAAUCUGACUGCUUCAGAAGGAGAUCAGAUAGACCAGUGUCAUACUGGGUCAGAUCCGUCACCAGAGGACAGGAGCAGCACUGCCAUGGAGAAUCAAGUGGGCAUGCAAGACUCUAAAGAGGCUGAUCAACGUAUGGAGGAGGGUUUAAAUUUACAUCAUUUAGAGUUUCUGACUUCAUCUGAAGUUAAUGGUCAGACAUUACUGAAAAGAGCAGUUGUGUUGGUGUCUCAUGACGAAGUGAAGCACUACCUCAGGAGUCAAGCACAAACCACUGCAGAGGAAUCAACAACCUCUGAGAGUCAGCAGGACGCAGCACCUGCCACAGACCUUCACGUGGGAGAGCAUAGGGAUGGUCUUGAGGAACAGGGCUGUACUAGUGGUACUCUAGAAGAGAGGGUCUCUCAAGAAGUGAAGGAAACCGACACCGCCUCCAUAUCUGCCCAACAAAGCACUGUCGAAAAAAGGAGAAGGCUUUCCAAGCCCAAACCCAGUCUGAGCCGGGCAGCACAGUCCAUCCACAGACCUCUGAAUGUACAGAAGACAGAUUUUAGUGAAAAUACCCCGUAUUUCAAACAUGACUCAGUGCAGCUGCAGUGUAGCAGUCCUGUGGAAGUCCAAGUGAAGAAUACCCCAAAUGAAUGCCUCGAAGAAGAGCACAGGGACCGUCCUGAGAAAGAGAGCACAUGUAGUGUCACUCCAGAAGAGAACGGCCCUCAGGAAGUUCAGGUCCAGGAUGAUGAAGCAGAAACCACUGUAGAUGAUCUUCCUUCCUUAACAUCAGUUGGAAGUCCUCCAGGAGCGAGUAAGAUUUUACCCAUCCUUGAGAUGCCCCAGGUUCUUGACACCACACCAUCAGAUGAAGAUGUGCCUGAAAGAAGAAGAGAAUUUGAUAGGUCUCCAUCGCAGACGUCUGAGAAUGAAGAUCUAAUUACUGAUCAGAAGGAGGAAGAUUCAGAGCCUGUUGCAUCUGAAGUCACAGACGUCAUGAUUGAGGAAUCUCAGACAGAGCUGAAGAGGAUUUUUCCAGUCAGCUGUUCUGUGGAUGGUUCCUCAGUUUAUACUCAAGAUGAUAUUGCCCCAGAGAGAGACAGUCAGUUUGCUAAGCAAACACCCAACCUAGAAGGGACAUCCCCAGUCAUGAUCAGCCCUCAGCAGACCUCAGAGCCUAAAGAAGAUCCUUCUGAAAAGCCAGAACCUCAGAGUCCUGUUCAAGCCCAGCACAGUAAUUUGGAUCAUGACUUAGAGAACAUCUCCAGAGAAGAUAAGAUUUUGUCAUCUGAGGUGGAUUUACAGGGAUGUAAACUGGAUGAGGAUCUUCUGUCUCCUGUCCCAUUACUUAGCUCAACACAAACUUUAUCCGCAAAAGUUCUUGUGGACGGCACUGAUAAAAGAAAUACAGAACCAAAUGACCAAGUUCUCAGUGAUGCUUCAUCAGCACCAUUUGAAGCACACAGUCUGGUUUCAUCUUUUUCUGAUCCUCCCAAUGAACAUGCAAGCACCCUGUGUGAUAUGGACACGAUGCAGUUUGGCAAGUGUGCAGCUGAAGACAUCCAAAUACCAGACGAGCAGGAUUCUGGAAAGCAAGAUUGCACAGAAGAGCCAUCAGAAGCUUCUGAGGAAUGCAGUGCCCCUCUGAAUCAAAAUUCAAAAUCUGACAUUUCAGAUUCAGCUGGAGUGGAUACAGGUGCAGUUGGUAAUGAUAAAUAUUCUGAGGAGGAGCCCACCUUUAUUUUAACUCUAUAUGAGAUUCCAGCCUCUCAGCUAUUUCACGAGGCUGCCUUUGGGCAGCAGGGUACUCCCCGUUAUGAACUGCAGCCAGCACAAUUCCAAACAACCUCACUGUUGUCGAGCAGUUCACAUUUUCAUUCUGUCACAUUAGAGGCUUCCAGUGCAUCUCUGCAUAUGGCAUCAGAAGAGACCAGUAAUCCAUGUAAAAGUAGCUCGCACAAGUUAGUGGAUGACUCCAUGGAUCCUCUUUUAAAGGAUGCAGUAGAUGGUGCCAGGACACAAUUGAUAUCCUCACAGGAAUGCAGUCGUGAUGAUGUGACCUCUUUAAUUGGUCCACCCACGAUGUUCUCCUGUAAUUCUGUCAUGCCAACAGAUGUGCCAAAGUUGGAUGAGAUCCUGACAGAAUCCCCAGGAACUAAAGCUCCCACUCAAAGGAGAUGCAAGAUAAAGGUCAAGCCAAACCUAAAGCCAGGUGUGAAGGUUGGGCCUUCAAAAAAUGGCCAGUUUGACUGUGCACCCAGUCAGUAUCUACCACCAUCUCAAGCCACAGCACAAACAUAGAUUCAAACCAAAAAA